UUAACAUCCAGUCUACCCGGCCGACGGAGGACCCAGCCCACGUCGGCCGAGUAGGCUGGGUCCUUCGAAGGAUGCAGACCCUGAAUUGAGACUCAGUUUAAUUCUUCAGUCACCACUAGGCGUCACUGACGCUUCUAUGGGCUCGAGUUUCAAAACAGAUCAUGGAAAGGUGCCCUCUCAUUUGCUCAACGCAGAAUGACGACAUGAACAUUCCACCAAUCAGACAACGAGUGACGCCGCGUAGAUUUGAAAGCAGCGAUGGCGGCUGUUCGGUCAACCGGUGACUCGGUUCUGCUGGAGCCGUGUGGAGAUUCUGAUCCGGACCUAGAGGAGGCAGCCGGGAUGGUCCUCUUCCUGUCGGACAGUCGCCGUGUGCAGAAGGUUUUGUGGCGCCAGCUGUUUGUUCUGGACUCUAUGAUGUCCUUGCUGGAAGGUCUGGAGUGCGUCCAGCAGCUGAUGGCUCAGCCCUGUCCCUCACUGCCAGAGGGUGUGGCACGGCGCAGGUGGAAGGCUCUAAAGGGGGAGGACAGGUCGGAGUUGGAGGAGACAGAGAUGUUGCUCAGAUGUCUGCAGGACCAAGCCCACAACAUCCACGACAGAAAACAGAAACUCGCACAUCUGGUUCAACAGCUGCACGGCAGGAAGCAGCAAUGCGAGCAGCACGAGACGUUGCUGCAUAAGGCCCAGAAGGCACUUUUGUCAUGUGACCAGCAGCUGAAGCAGCUGAAGAAGGAGGCGGGGGCAGUGAUCAGUCAGCUGAUCACCUGGCAGUCCCUCAGAGACGAGCUGCAGGGUUGUGUUGCUGCUAUGCUGGACUUCAUGCAGAUUAACCUACUCGCCUUCAACCAAUCAGAGCUCUCUGUGGAGAUUAGGCCACGCCUCUGCUCUAUUCUGUCAUCCAAUAAGCUCGAGUCACUGAAGCUUUCAGUCACCUGGGACCACGCUGACCAGUUCAGACUGCAGGUGGAUGAAGGGACGGUCGGCCUGGUGGAGGGCUGCUUGUCGGGCCGGUGGGCCGAGUUCAGCACUACCCUGCUGGAGGUCAUACAGUGCUACGUCUGUCAGGCUGAGCUGCUGUCUGAGGUCCAGGCCCUGAGGUCCAGCUUUGCCAUCGACUGGCGUCCCUCCCAACGUCUGCUGGUCUACCUGAAGACCUCGUCACUGGUGUGUCACCUAAAGGUGGAGGAGGGGUACCCACACAGCGGGCGAGCCCAGCUGCUGUCAGUACGACGUGAUGGGCAGCCGGUGGACACGUCAGAACUCAAGCCUCGUAAAGCUGACCUCAGUCUGACCGAAUGGUUGGUUUUCCUCUGCAGCAGUCCGCUCAUCUGAUGACUCAGCGUCCCUCAUCCUUCACGUUUAAUAUAUCUGUAUUAUUCACAUUUACCUGGUCUUUAACCCGUUUAUCUUUAUUUCUUUAUUUCUUCCUUUUUCUAAAUAUUUAGAAGCAGCCAUCUUUUGCUUUUGUAUUAAAACACUUGAUGACAGUGAAAAAGCUGUUUAUUCACAUGAAUGAAGUUUUAUCAUUUCCACAAAAAUGUAUUUUACUUAUAAUUAAAAAUAUAUACUUUAGUGUGAUGUAAUCAGUUCUAAAGAAACUUGGGAAAAAUCUGAACAAUUCAAUUAGAAUCUGACACCAGGAUAAAAAUAAAUGUUUUUAUGCUUUUAUUGUGGGAACAUGAAGCUAGUUAUUUUGGCAAUCAUUUAAAACGAAGACAUAAUAAAAGUUUAUAAAAUGGA